UUAAAAGUCAAAUACAGAUAUUCUGUGGAUUUUCCUGGGAAAUAAUCAUAAUGAGAUACAGUAAAUAAGUAAAUAAGUCUAUGCAAAUAAUUUACUCUGGUCUCUGUGAUAACAAAUAACAAUAGUUAAAAAUGAAAUAGUACACGUACAUUUCUACCAAAUUUCACACGAAACGAGAAUUUAUUUUUAACAAAAUGAAAACCAGAUUUAAUACAUUCGACAUCCUUUGCGUAGUUGGAGAGCUCCAACAAUACGUUGGGAUGCGAGUGAAUAAUGUAUACGAUAUUGAUAAUAAAACAUUUUUGAUCAAAUUGCAAAGAACAGAAGAAAAAGCUGUAAUACUUCUGGAGUCUGGUAUUAGAAUUCAUUCAACAGCUUUCGAAUGGCCUAAAAAUAUGGCCCCCUCAGGAUUCAGCAUGAAGAUGAGGAAACAUAUACGAAAUAAACGACUUGAAAGUUUAACUCAACUUGGAGUAGACAGAAUAAUUGAUUUACAAUUUGGUAGUGGUGAAGCUGCCUAUCAUGUGAUAUUAGAACUUUAUGAUAGAGGAAAUUUGAUAUUAACUGAUCAUGAGUUGAAAAUUUUAUAUAUUCUGAGACCUCAUACUGAAGGUGAAAGUGUAAGAUUUUUUGUUAAAGAGAUUUAUCCUCAAAAUAGAGGAAGAGAAUCUAAAUUAAUAACCAGAGAGGAUUUAACAAGUAUUUUAGAGGGGAGUAAACCUGGUGAUCAACUCAAAAAAGCUUUAGUUUCUAAGUUGGAGUAUGGACCUGCACUAAUUGAACAUGUUCUUAUUGGAAAAGGUUUUAAUAAUAAUUGUAAAAUUGGAAAAACCUUCAAUAUAACUACAGAUUUUGAGCAAUUGUUUGAAGCAUUAAUUGAAGCAGAUGAUAUUUUCAGAAAAGCAAAAGAAGUUAAAAGCAAGGGAUACAUUAUUCAAAAGAAAGAGGAUAAAGUUUCAACAAAAGGAGAUACUCAAGCCGAAUAUUUUUUAUCCAAUCAAGAGUUUCAUCCUGUUUUGUUUAGACAGCAUGAGAACUCGCCUUAUAAAGAAUUUGACUGUUUCAACAAUGCCAUCGAUGAGUUUUUCUCAUCUAUGGAGAGUCAGAAAAUCGAAUUGAAAGCUUUGCACCAAGAGAAGGAAGCACUGAAAAAACUUGAGAAUGUCAAGAAAGAUCACCAACAAAGAUUAGUAGCCUUAGAAAAAACCCAGGAAAUUGAUAAACAAAAAGCUGAACUAAUUACUAGAAAUCAAGAAAUUGUUGAAAAAGCCAUAUUGGCUGUUCAAAGUGCUUUAGCUAAUCAGCUUCCAUGGGAUGCAAUAAAUGAUUUGGUUAAAGAGGCAGCUUCUCAGGGGGAUCCAAUUGCACAAACAAUAAAAGAACUAAAACUCCAAACAAACCAUAUAACAUUGUAUCUAACAGAUCCUUAUGAUUCUGAAGAAGCAAGUAAUGAGAGUGAUGAAGAAGCGGAAAAUAAUAAAAUCAAAUCUAUGGCUGUCGAUGUUGAUUUGGCAUUAUCAGCUUUUGCAAAUGCCACAAGAUAUUACAAUCAGAAAAGGCAUGCAGCUAAAAAACAAGAGAAAACUAUCAAAUCGCAGACGGUUGCCUUAAAAUCUGCAGAAAAGAAGACAAAACAGACCCUGAAAGAGGUUGAAACUAUAACCAAUAUCCAGAAGGCAAGAAAAGUCUACUGGUUUGAAAAAUUCUUUUGGUUUAUAAGUUCAGAAAAUUAUCUUGUCAUUGCUGGAAGGGACCAGCAACAAAAUGAACUAUUAGUUAAAAGAUACUUGAAACCUACCGAUUUAUAUGUGCAUGCAGAUGUACAUGGUGCUAGCAGUGUAGUUAUAAAAAAUCCAACUAGUCAGCCUGUACCACCUAAGACUUUAAAUGAGGCUGGCACAAUGGCAAUAUGUUAUAGUGUUGCCUGGGAGGCUAAAGUUGUUACCAAUGCUUAUUGGGUAUGGGGUGAUCAAGUCAGCAAGACAGCCCCUACAGGAGAAUAUUUAACUACUGGCAGUUUCAUGGUUAGGGGAAAAAAAAAUUUUCUUCCUCCGUCUCAUUUGAUUUUGGGACUCAGUUUCUUGUUUAGACUAGAAGAUAGCUUUGUAGAAAAGCAUUUAGGCGAAAGGAAAGUUUUGACUGAAGGGGCAGAAUAUGAUAUGCCUGAUCAAAAUAUGGAACAUAAGGAUGAUGUUGAAAUCGACAUUCCUGAUGAAGACGAUGCAGAGGAUGAUAAAGAAAAAGACGAAGAGAGUGCAGAGAUAAACGUUGAAAAAUUGGAGACUCUAAAAGAGGAAGUGAAUGAAGCAGAUUCAUCUGACUCUGAGGAGAAUGAUAUAAAAUAUCCUGAUACACAUCUAAGGAUUGAGCAUAAAACAGAUACAGCAAUGAAUAUAAUUCCACAAUCAACCACUCCAAAAGAAGAUGACACAUUGAAAUUAUUAGCUAACAUGAAACCUUUUGCUGCUGCCAAAAAUCGAGGAAAUAAUAAGCAAAAAAAUAAACAAGCUACAGAGAAUAAUAAUCAUAAAAACAAUGAAGAAAAUAAUGCCAAUAAACAACAGAUGAAAAGAGGCCAAAGAAGUAAAUUGAAGAAAAUAAAGGAAAAAUAUAAAGAUCAAGACGAUGAAGAAAGACAAUUACGUAUGGAAAUUUUACAAUCUUCAGGUGCUAAUAAAGAAAAUAAAAAGAAUAAGAAAAGUAAAGAUACAAAUCAAAAUGCAACGAAAAAAGUUCAACCACACUUUUCAAGAGCACCAAAAGUAAAUAAUAAGGAAGAUGAUGGUGGUGAUGAAGAAGAGGUUCUUGUACAAGUGGAUGUGGAUAUGAUAAAUGCUUUAACCGGAAUUCCAUCUACUGAAGAUGAACUUCUGUUUGCUGUUCCUGUUGUUGCCCCUUACAGCACGUUAACUAAUUACAAGUUCAAAGUUAAAAUCACACCUGGUACAGGUAAAAAAGGAAAGGCAGCUAAAACUGCUGUUGCUAUUUUUAUGAAAGAUAGAGCCAUUACUCAACGAGAAAAAGAUUUAUUAAAAGCUGUUAAAGAUGAUCAGCUUGCCAGAAACUUCCCUGGAAAAGUGAAAUUGUCGGCCCCCAAACUUCAAGCUUUGAAGAAAUAGCUUUAUUUCUUUUUUAUUAUUUUUUGUAAAAAAAAUGUUGAACAUAAUUUAUGUAUUUA